UGUGAUUGUGAGUGCGCCUGUUUGUCUCUAUGUGCCCUGCGAUUGGCUAGCAACCAGUUCAGGGUGUGCCCCGCCUCCUGCCCGUUGACAGCUGGGAUAGGCUCCAGCACUCCCCGCGACCAUCAUGAGGAUAAGCGGUGAAGAAAAUGUAUCUAUCCAUUUUAGUUUAGUUUAAAAAAAACUUAAAUGGAAAUUUGCUGUGCGCUUUUUAUUUUGAAAUCGUAAAUGAUUAAUUCAUUCAUUUAAUAAAAGUUUUCUAACUUAAAUAUUUCCUUUCUCACCAGUGUAACACCAAUCUUAUAUUAUUUGGGCCAUUUACGUGACUUUCAGUGAUUGACGUCAUCCUCAUAUGAACCUUUUCCAACUAAAAAUGGACACAUCCAAUCACGUCAUUUUGGUUUUCCUGUUGUGCAGCAAGAAACAGCAGAUGAUUUUGUCAGUCUUUCGUCGGGCCAGCUCGCGCAGCAUCUCGUGGACGUGUUUUGCCGGAACUGACCCAGAAAAGCAGAGCAUCGCGAUACUAGCGAAAUCUCGCCUGAUCUCCGGAUGAAGGCAACCUUGGGCUCAUCGAAGACCGGCUGGCAUCCCGGCAGUUGAGCUCGGACGACGCGGGGCAGGCAGGCAGGCAGGCAGGCAGGCGGCGUCCCCGCUCACCCCCAAAAAAGAGGUAACCUGCUUCCAUUUCUCCCCGCUUUUUAGUUCAUUUUAGCGUCGCUCAAUCGUGGAAGAAACGCCGGCUACAUUUGUUGAAUGCUGGAGACUACUUUGGCAUGAAAUUUAGCAAGACGGGGCGACAGCGUGGGGGGAAAAGACAACAGUUUUCGUCGGCUACCUCGAUUCAUUACCUCCAGAAUUUGGGCGAGCAGCUCCACGCGAGACUUCGGGGACAACCCCCCUGCCGGGGGCCAUAGCCCUCGGUCAAAGGCGACAUUGUGUCCUGUCCGUCCUGCAUCCGCUGACAGGACGCUGGCGGAGGUGGAUGAGAGCCGAGGGGGUGCUCAAUGUGUUCCGCCGCCUUGACGGCUCCAUGUGCGGCUUGCGCAGCCGCCCCAUUCGCCAAUUUGUUGAGGUAGUGCUAAAGCGAGACAAAGACCUUCAAAACUAUUUUUAAACUGCCUUCAGAUUUACUUUCAGUCCCGUUUUGAGUCAGGCAAGACGAAUGUUUUGAAAGCAAGAACUGCCUUCGCCUUUGUUGUCAUGAAUUCAACAACUCAAUCGUCCAGAUUCGUAAUUCGCCUCCGUUCCACCACAUUCCGAAGGUGCGCCAGAAAACAACGAGCUGUCAUCUGAAGGCUGCCUCGUCGUUCUGAGGUUGGAGGUUCAAAUCUCAAGACCAGACUUCAAGUGGAGUUUGCAAAUUCUCCUUUUGCUACCACAGGGUGAGGUGGCCGCACGGAGCAGAGGUGAGGAUUUCAUCCACGGAUGCGCCCCGCACGGCAACAUGAUAAGCGCCGGCGCCGUUAUCGCUACCGCCUAUGGUGAGAGAGGACCUUGACUGUUGCCAUGGUGACCCUGUAGUAAGAGCUCUGUAACUAAGAUCGGUUGCCUUGGUGACCCUAUAAAAGAGCCAGGUAACUAUUCCAAUCGGUUGCCAUGUGGUGAUGCUCCAACAAGGCUCGUCAAAGUAAAAGGAGAUCGCGAUGAUCAUCCUGUAGCAGACAAAGCACAGCUGGCACACCGCAUUCUCACGAUGGGAACAUCCAGAAUGUUUCACAUUUUUGUUGUCCUGGGAUCAGCCUUCAUGAUUCUUCUGAUCAUCCUGUACUGGGAAGAAGUUGGAGCAUACCAUCAGUUUUUGCACACUCCUGUCACAGCGGGGCCCAAGAUCCUAAAUCCUGCCCAACAGGAGCAACAACAGCAGCAGCAGCAGCAGCAGCAGCAGCAAUCUCAGACCACCCGGACCCCGUCCUUCCUCUCCGACAUCGAUGCCUUUGUCAACCAGUUCUUGCAGCCCGGAACUGGGGAGCCGACAGACCCGGUGCCGGCUGAAACAAGCAACCAAUCAGAGAAGGCGGAAGAGCGAUAUAUACCUAGGCAGGAGUGGAAGAUUCAUUUGACGCCGGUGGCAGCAGAGCUCCGUCAGAGACAGGAGAACCGGCAGAAGUUACUUAAGGAUCUGUGUGCCAAUGACAGCCUGGCGUUUCCUGGCAAAAACCGUUCCUUUGACGACAUUCCCAACAAGGAGCUGGAUCAUCUGAUCGUUGACGACAGGCACGGUAUUAUCUACUGCUACGUUCCGAAGGUGGCGUGCAGUAACUGGAAACGGAUCAUGAUCGUUCUGAGCGAGAGCCUGCUCCAUGAUGGCGUUCCGCAAAGAGACCCUAUGGCCAUCCCCAGGGAGCUUGCUCACAACAGCAGCAUGCACUUCACCUUCAACAAGUUCUGGAAGCGCUACGGCAAGUUUGCGCGGCAUCUUAUGAAGGUCAAGCUGAAGAAAUACACAAAGUUCCUUUUUGUGCGGGACCCCUUUGUGCGCCUCAUAUCCGCCUACCGAGAUAAAUUCGAUCUGCCCAACGAGGACUUCUACCGCCGCUUCGCUCGGGUCAUGCUGCGGCGCUACGCCAACCAGCCGACGCCCCCCGACUCGGUGGACGAAGCGUUUGCGAUGGGAGUCCACCCCUCCUUCUCUCAUUUCAUCCAGUAUCUCCUGGACCCUCAGACAGAGAAGGAAAGCACCUUUAAUGAGCACUGGCGGCAGGUGCACCGCCUGUGUCACCCGUGCCAGAUCCAGUAUGACUUUGUGGGCCACUUGGAAACGGCCGAGGAAGACGCUGAGCAUUUGUUGCGCCUGCUGCGCGUGGAUAACGUGGUGGAGUUUCCCACCUCGCAGAGGAACCUGACAACCAGCGACUGGGAGUCGGACUGGUUCAACAUGGUGCCCCUGGAGGUGCGGCGAGAACUUUACAAGCUGUACGAACCCGACUUCAGGCUUUUUGGUUACAGUAAGCCCGACUCCCUCCUCAAUUAGUGACUCUCACUUGAAAAGAUUGAAGAUGGUCAGAAUUUCAAGUGUUUGUGAAGAGAAAACAAAUAUCUUCUAAAUUCAACACACUACAAAAAAAAAAAAAGAAUUUUAUCUGUGACCAGCCCAAAAAAAACCAGGAAAACUAAAAGCGUGAAAAUCCUCACAAUCCAGUACUGUACUAUGUACGGUAAUUCUGUCUUUGCACAUUUUCAGCAAUUAUUUUCCAACAUGUAUGCUAUGAUUAGAUAUCUUUGGAUUGACUUUGCAGGGUCUUUAACAAACUUCUAUUUUACUCCGAGCGCACCGUUUGGGCGCCUCUGCUACGGGAAGCACACAAGUUAGUCAGCUAAAGCAUCAGUCGAUGGACAAUUCAUGAAAAAUGUUCCAAUAACACAACACACAGAUGAGUGUGAGGCAGUUAGAAUUGGCAGAAGCUGUCUGUGUCGUUUUGCGCCUUGCGUAAACUCCCACGUCGAGGUUGUUACAUUUCCAGCUCUGAUGUCACGUCUGAUUGGCCGGUCGCAGUUCCCAUGUGAUUUAAGUAGCAGGAGGCUGCCAGUCGGCCAGUCAGACACAUUUUUUAAUGCUGCUGCACUACGAUGGUAGUUUUACACUUAUUUAUUUCAUAUUGUGCAAUGUUUUCCUCGAAAGCACGAAUGGGGUUAAUGGACCUUUCCGACCUGUCAAUCAGUCGCACAAUAAUAGCCAAUCAGAUAGCCGCAUUGUCUUAACCCCUGGCUUGACCCGCCCCUCUUGUCGUCAUGUCCCACAAGCAAUGCUGGUUGUCAGUAGCGUGCGCUUGGAAAAGUUACUGUUACGAACUAAAUGGUCUUCAGGUGCGCUUGGGGAACGUGCAAUUCUGAUGAAAGAUAUCCUGCUAGGUUACAAGGGGCCCGGUUGAUUCGUUUUCCAAAGACUAAAACACAGUUGACGAAGUGUCUACGAUGGAUUAAGGCUCGCGGAAGAGUGCGCGUACAACUAAAUGUUGACAAUAUCAACAAACAAGGCUGUAUGUUCGAAGGUAAGGGAGGGAGAAAUAUCUUAUCUGCGUUUGAUUUCAUUAUUAUCGAUGCUUUAUACAUCGCAGGAAAGCAACGUUCACUUUGUUAGCAUAUCACUAACCUGCUGAAUGAAGUGUGUAAUGUUUUAUGUUGGAGAGUCGGGUUAGUGAUACGUAAAUCUGCCAUGUCAUGCAAGAGAAAUGUCUAUUUGCCUAUUUGUAUCACAUCGCACUUUUAAGACACUGGGCUCCAUUACAAGCCAAGUCAAAUGAAUACACUCACUCACUCAUAAAGACUACAAGGAUAUUACUCGUGAUCUUUCCAAGUAAAAAGUACUCACCCUGCUUUACAUGCACAGUACGAUUCCACUAUUUUAUCCUGUCGGAUUUCAGUAUGAAGUUUGUGAGGUGUCAAACUUUUUUGGAUCGAUCGCCGAGGUUUUGCUGUAACGCUGACAUUACGUCCUGCUCCGUCCAAAAUCUUUAUUCCAUGUACAUAUCCUCGCGUGAAAUAGUUGAGACCUCUCUGUAGAAUUCUCUUGGACAAGUGUGACGCAUUUGGCAAAAAAACAUACCCCAAUAUUAUCUGAAAUACGCGAUAGAGAAUCCAGUUCAAACCUGUUAUGUUCAGUCGCCAUUUUGGAACUGUAGCUGAGGGCGGGGGGAAGCUGAAGAUCGCCGGUCGGAAUGGUCCAUCGGUGAUGGAACAACCAAGCAAUCUUUUGAGCCCACAAUAAGUUUUACAAGCGUUCAGCUUGGAGACUAUUUAGCAUUUUGCAGUUUUGGCCACUUUUAGAGUAUGAUAUAAUCUGCGUUGUAGCAUCAUCAAAAGUGCAAAAACCUGAGAAUCUGGUUCGUAGGAUUUGUCUUGGCUUGUUGUCAGGCUUAAACUGGACUUCCAACAUUUUUUUCAAAUGUAAAUUGAUGCAGAACUUGUUAAAAACUUGGAUAUUUUCCAAAGGGAAGUUUUUCUGUUAGUUACUGGUCGUACUUGUCACCUCAGGCCUGUUGUUGUCACAUUUGUGUGUUCACACUUCACUUGGUCCUGUUGUCAACCCCGCAGGCUGCAACCAGACCAACAGUUGGAACACCACAGAGUUAGUCGUCGUAAAGACUUGAGCGUGAAUUUGGAAGCAUCCUGGAUGAUGUGAGUGGGGAAACAAGAUAGUGCCUUUGGUUGCAAAUGUUUACACAGCUCAAAAAAAAAAAAAAAAAAAAAAGAAGUUAUUUUUCUAAAGGGAAUUCUUACUGUGAGUAGUAUGCUGUCGCAGCUGUGCGAUGCCACACGUCUCUUUGAUAUCCUGGGCCUUGUCUUUCUUUUCGUGACCCUGAUGUGAGUCAGCAAAAAAAAAAAGCUUCAGCCAAGAUGUGGAAUUGUGUUGGACCUCGUGUGACGAUUCUGUGUGCUCCCUCAGAGCGCAUCGUAACGUGCGGCUAAUUGUCUUCAGGCGGGAUUACUGGGUGUGUUUUGUGACAGUGAUGGCGUUAAGAACACGUGUACAGUAUUCUACUUUUUCCUCGGAAGUCACGAGACAUGUCGCACACAUUCUUUUCAAUUACAGUGUCAGCUAUUUUUAAGGGAUGUUGUUUCUUUUUUUUUUUGUCUUUCACAGUCUGUAAUGUGUGGUCAUCCCCAAUGCAUUUUUAUGGAAAAUGACAGAAGAAAAAUAAAAUGAAUGCUGUAGAUUUUC